AUGGACUCUCCUGCCAAGAAUAUCAAUAAAAGACUUCGAAUAUCCGAGGAAGCGGAUCAAGAUCAAGUAGAUCUUGACGCACCUUCUUCCUCGACCUCGAACCUAAAGCCCACUACUACUAGAGACGAUGACGAUCACACUGAGCAGAGGGUAAUCAAAAAGAAGAAGAAGAGCAAGAGUAAGACACUCACAACUGGUAUAGUGUAUAUCUCACGACUACCUCCUGGGAUGACACCUCAGAAAGUCAGACAUCUCAUGGCGAGAUGGGGAGAAGUAGGGAAAGUCUAUGCUCAACGACGUGAUGCUCCAAGUGGUUAUAAUCCGAAUGCCAAUGCGAAUAAUCAAAAGAAACAAAAACACGCCAGUGCGAACUUCUCAGAAGCAUGGGUUGAGUUUUUAGAUAAAUCAGUAGCUAAAACUGUCGCUUCAAUGUUAAAUGCUCAGGUGAUCGGAGGUAAAAAAGGUGAUAGAUGGAGAGAUGAUAUUUGGACUAUGAAAUAUUUAAGUGGGUUCAAGUGGGAAAUGCUAGGUGAACAAAUUGCAUACGAAAGACAGGCUCAUCAAGCUAGACUUCGAACUGAAAUCACCCGUUCAAAGACUGAACAAGCUGAUUAUCUCAAAAAUGUUGAACUUGCUCGUGUACUUGAUAAAAGAAAGGCAAAGAAAGCAGCAUCAGGAAUAGUAGACCCUCCAAAGGCAGAAGGGGCGGAAGGAGAUAAAAGUUCUGGCAAAUAUAGACAGAGGUUGGCUGUGGAGAAAACCAAAAGUUUACAAGGAAAAGGAAUGGAUGAUGUUUUGGGUAAUAUAUUUGGUUAA